GUACUCUGCAUUCUCUACACUCAGAGUCAUUGGUGGAAGAGAGAGACGACCAAUGGCAACCCUGCUAUUCGUGACCAGACAACGCAGAUGCGUUUAUCCUCAGCUCAGUUCAUCCUCAGCUCAGUUCAUCCUCCGUCUUUCACAGACAGAUGUUUCCAAAACUAAGUAGGCAGCUGUUCAGCUGUAUGUGCGCGCUCACACUCGCGUGCAGCAUUUGAUGCACCGGUUUUAAGCUUUCUGCGUUUUCUGCAGACUUGCAUGUGAAAUCUCUGUCGAUGUCGUCUGCUCCAGACUGAAGGAUCAUGGUGUUGUUCUCCAGUGCUGAAAAAAACAACAAGAAAGCAGUGACACCACAACCACUUAAUUAUUGUGUCCUGGAUAAACCUGGAUUUCCAGCUUUAAUAUACUGAAGACUGACAGAAUAACAGAUUCAUUAUUUGAAGACAUAAAUCUCAUGAUGCCUCCCUCAAGGCCAUACAGCCAAUCCAUAAGGCCUCCUCUGCCUUUUGGAGCUUACAGUGGUUCCAGUGUCUUCUGUACAGGGGAAAAUGUCACAGAGUGCAUGCAAUACAUCAGUAAAGAGCUGUCGUCUCUGGGUUUGCCAUCGAUUUUUUAUGAUUCAAAUAGAAAUCAAGAACUUGAUAUUAUUUCGACCCUAAAUAACAUGUAUGAUCUGCUGCAGUUCCAUCACGUUGCUGUGGAUGAACAUGAAGUGGCACAGCUUAAGGACCAGCUUGAACUUUCCAAGAAGGAAAAUGGCAAAUUAUGUAAACGAGAACAGCAAUUAGAAACUAAUAUAAAGGCUUUACAAAGAUGUUUGAAAAAUGAAAAAGAAGAGGUUCAAAAGCUUCAGAAAAUCAUUGCAAGCCGUGCCACACAGUACAAUCACUGUAUGAAGAGGAAAGAGAGAGAGUUCAGCAGGCUUAAAGAGCACCUCAGUCAGUUACUUACUGACAAGAAGGACAUGAAACAGAGGAUGGAGGUGUUGAAUUAUGUUGAGAGGUCUGAUGGUAGGGGAGGUCAGUGGAAAACUGGAAGGACAGAUUCAAGACAUGAAACUGAAGUGUGCAGGACUCUUCUGAAUGAGUUUGAUAAACGCCAGAGGGAGCUCAUGCUGGAAAAUUUUGAGUUGAAAAAAGUGCUGCAGCAAAUGAAACAGGAAAUGGUGGUCAUAUUAAGUCCAAAGACCCACAUCCAAAGACAGGAGAAAUACACUGAAUUCAUAGAUCAGCAAAUAGCUGAAGAAGAGGAGACUUCUUUUAAGGGGACUUUAGAGAUGUCAUGUGAGCAUGCUCGAGAGAAGCUUACCAACAGCAUUCGGCAGCAGUGGAGAAAACUGAAGCAGCAUAUGGAAAGCCUUGACAACAAAGCAUUUGUUUUGCAGUUGGGAAAGGGGGUCAGUGAGGAGAUGAUUUCUAAGCAGGUCCAUCAGGAAGAAACAGAGAGACUCAAAAUGGAGAUCCAGCAAUGCAUGGACUUUAUUCAGACUCAGCAGCAGCUCUUGCAGCAACAGCUAAAUACUCCAUGUGAUGAGGAGACUGCAGCUGUCCUGAAUGACUGCUACAUGUUAGAAGAGAAGGAACGCUUGAAAGAGGAAUGGAGAACUUUUGAGGAGCAGAGGAAGAACUUUGAAAUGGAGAGGAGGAGUUUCACAGAGGCAGCCAUUAGAUUGGGGCAUGAGAGGAAAAUGUUUGAGCAAGAUCGUGCAACCUGGCUAAAACAUCAAUUUUUGAACAUGACGUUCACAGAGCAGAUGAGGACACAUAAUGUCAUAUCAGAAUAUACUGGUCAAGAACAGAAACACAUAUCAGCUCCCAAAACACCACUCUAGCACUGUGAGUAAAAAGCUAGUGAAAGCAUUCAGUGGGAUGCACCGACUGCAGAGAAGUACCUUGACUGAAUAAGCGAGAACAUCAGAACAAAGCUAGGAGUUUUUUUUUAAAGUACAAAUGUCUUUAUGAUGUGGUAUCUCACAGAUUCAUGUGCCAUUGGCAAAGGUGGCUUACAACUGGUAUACAGUGUUAUGCUUUGCUAUGGUUUUGGUAUGGUAUGGUUUUUGAUGCAGAAUCAUAGAAGAAGUCUUAAGCUGCAUAAAGAAACACCUUGUUUACUUAUUGUUUAAAAUGCACCAUUGUUCUUCACCAGGGGUGUCCAAUCUUAUCCACAAAGGGUGGGUGUAGGUGCAGGGUUUCAUUCCAGUCAAGCAGGAGCCAUACCAGAUUCCACCUGUUUAAUCAGUUGAUCCUGGGUUUCAGUAGCCUCAGGUGUGGUUUAUGCUUCUGCUUUGGACACCCCUGUUCUAUAUGAUAGAAGAAAUACUGUUACCAUUUAAGUGCUGUGGUUACGUUGUACAACAUAUGCAUUUAAUGCUUAAGUACCAAGCAGUUGCGUAUCUUUGAUAUCUUAUUCAGUGCAUAAUGUUUACAUGUUAUUAACAAGUUUAAAAUCUCUUUAAUGGCAAGGACCUGCCGUAAGAAACAGUGACAUAGACACACCUCUCUAACCAUAUAUCACUUAAUGUCACUCAUCUUCCUGUUGUAUGGUUAGCAUAGGUAUUACUUGUGAUAUAAGUUUCAGAAUUCAUAGAAUUCAUUUGUUUAUUUAAGAUUUAAACUAAUUAAUUAUGUUUAGUGUUUUAACAUGUAUAUUAGUGUUUCUGUAGUUUUCGCCUUUAUUAGUUGUAAUUUCACUGACAUUAAGUUCCUUGAAAUGUCUAUAGCCCAGUUGCUGUGAUGAAAGUUUAAUAAAUAAUCAUGUGGAUAUACUGAAAAAUAAAUUUGGUUUUAUAUUUUCAACGUGUGCAUUCAUUUAUAAUGUU